GCAGCAGUGUUAAAAAGUCUGAGCAACUUGGUCACUUUGUCGCUAGAUUUAGCAACUUUCUAUCACUUUAGCGACUUUGUAGAACAAAUCUAGCUAUCUUUUCUGGCGUGGUUGGAGACUUUUGUAGACUGACAUGAAGAUACGCGUCGUUUUCUCUUCUCAACGAGCAGCGGUGCUGCUGCUGACUGUGCCCCAUCUCAAAGCACAGACAUGCAGCCCGGUCAUCGCGCAUCAAUCACUCCGAAAACACCGGCGACAGGGCGAUGGCACGUACAACAAGCUCAAAGACGGCCCCUGUGGCAGGCGGAUGGAUAUCCUUGUGCUUCUGGGAACGAUUGCCAUAGUGAUUUCCAUGACUAUGAUAUUUGUCAUCUACUGCAGCCAAGAAAGAAAGUUCUCUGCUCUUCACAGCUGGAUGGAGAGUCUCAACUCAACCACCAUUUCUGACCAUCAUAUCACAGGAAUUUCUGAAUCGAGGUUGUCUGAUCUUGAGAUUUUGAUGAGCAGCCUCGGCUUGACAUUGACUUCCCUGACAUCCAAACAAGAUGAAAACCUGAAAAGACUCGAGCAGCGACAAGACGUCAAUAACGCCGAGAUGAAGAACCUGCUGCUCAGUUUAAAUUCUUCAUUAUCAGCACUGACCUCCAAACUAAAUGAUGCAGUUAACAACCAGGAACAGAAGCUGGCAGAAACACAACAAUUGCUGGACAGUUUGAAGACAUCAGUCUCAAAUCAUCAAAAUAAACAAUGUGACUGUGACUCACUGUCAAGCUCACUAAGAGAUGUUCAGAGUUCAAUGUCUAAUCUGACUUCAUCUGUCGUGUCUCUUUCAUCUAAACAACAGAUCACUGAAGAGAGACUCAUAAGCAGUUUAAAUGAACUGAAAGCCCAGAUUAACAACAAAUCAUCAUCAGAUAAACCGGUAUGUAACUGUAAAUCUGGCUGGAUCCAGUAUGGAAGCAGCUGUUAUCUGUUCUCCAGUAACACAUUCAACUGGAUGGAGGCACGAGAUUACUGUAAAAAACAGGGAGCAUCGCUCCUGAAACUCGAUGGGAGCGAUGACGAAUGGGGAUUUUUGACAGGUACAACCGGAACAGUCCCUCACUGGAUUGGUCUGACGGAUCAGACCACAGGGCAGUGGAGAUGGACUGACGACACUCCUUACACGGAUAAAAAUCGGUGGGGUGAAGGACAACCGGAUGACUGGAAAGAACACGGACUGGGAGAGGGGGGAGAAGACUGUGGCCAUAUAACGUAUAGGCAUACAUUAAAUGAUGCCCACUGCUCUUCAAAAUAUAACUGCAUUUGCAAAGUGUAAACCUAAACCUAAAGUAACUGAAAUACGGCAAGAUGAUCUGAAAUGAAUACUUCAGGACAUCAGUUAUGUAGUUGAAAGCAAAAUCAAAAGUCCUCAGGUUACCCUGAACCUUUGUAACUUUGAUUUGAAUUUUUUUUUUUUUUUUUUUUGAGAAAAUAAAACAAUGUUUAAAUAUAAGAAUUCAGGUAAUUAAUUAAUUCUGUCUCAUUGUACAUGUAGCCCUUGAGUGUCUGAGGGGGUUUUCUCGAUACUGAGGGUUCAGAAUACAAGAUUAUUCGGAAACAUUUUUAAAACUGUAUUGUAGGUCUGUUUAUUUCUCUAUAACCCAAUAUGUAAUCUUCAAGAUUCACGUUUAUUUGUUUGUAUAUUUUAUCUAUAUUAGGUUUUUGUCACCACCAUCAGAUGUCACCACCGUCAAGUUUUCUGUCUUUUCUGUCAGGUUUUAUGUAUUUUUAGGAAGUUAUGAUUUGAUAUUUGUUCAUCACAGUGCUCAGGAUUGUUAUUUUUGGGACCAAAUAUUUACAUAAAGUUUAAGCAAGAAGCCCUUGACUUGAGUGGUAUACAUUUUGGAAUAAUGAGGCCAAUGUCACCACCGUCAGACAGAGUUUUAUUUGUUUUAAAUGAAUAUGCUUACAAUAUGUUUCUUCAGUGCUGUUGAGUUAUUAAAUUAAUAGUCUCUAUUAAAACA